AUGAUGAGACGGUUGGCUACGUUAGUAGAACGAUGCGGUAUGUCGUCGCAGAAGGAGGAGAUCAACGAGGCCUGCAGGCAGAUCGAACAACUCUUCGGAGGCAGAACCGACGCGGCCAGAAGAUGUCUAGAAGUAGUCGCUCAAAGGACAGCCGUCUGCUCGGAGAAGUACGCAAAUGUCGUGCUAUGUUCCGAUCCAUUAGUAGCUGCCGUUGCCCAGCUGUUGUUAGCUGGCCUCGCCCCAGCAGUACCCAUUGAGAACAUCUACAGUACAAGCAAGGCAGGAAGGGAGGCCGUUUUGGAUCGGAUUCAGAACCGAUUUGGGAAAAAGUGCAGCUAUGUGGUGAUUACGUCCAGCGCUGAGACAAACAACCUCGCUCGAAAGGAGUCGAUUCCCGUCUGGCCAAUCGUUACCACAGACGACUUUGAGAAGCUCUACACAGCGCAAUCCAACUACCUACUCGGAAGUCUCUGA